UGCACCUCGAGCUAUUUACAACUUCAACCACAACCUCUGCAACUUCUUUUCCUCAGUUUCCCCUUCCAUACGCCUUGCGAUGGGUUCGGGACCCUUCGCCUCGCAGCCCUUCGGGCAGUUAAAGGCUUUGUUUACCACUUCUCGCUCGUCCUCCGCCGCUGCACCGAAGCAAGUCAGCAAGAAGAAGUCGAACAGUACCCUGGCUGGCACCAAGUCCUCCAUUGGUGGGAAGCUGGCACGGAUGCUGCAUCGCAGACGCGACAGUGGCUAUGGCAGCAGUGGAAGUGGAAAAAGGAACGAGCUUCCUAUCCACAUGCCACUGGAUCCCAAAACGGCCGAAGAAGCGGCUCGGGAGUUUGUCAGGUGGCAGGGCGGCGGACAAUCGAGGGAAGCUGGUGUCGCAGUGCAUCAUGACUUGCCGCCCACCAAUGAUGUCGAUUCAGAUAGGUCCUCCGUCGCUUCCCUCCCGGAGUAUGUCGGUUCGGAGGCCUCAUCAUCGGCCUAUACGCAGGUUGUUGUGUACAAUCCGCCGCUUCUCCCUUAUCCGAUCCCCGAGGCAGAUACAGAUGUUGCCGGAGUCGAGGCCCGACCACAGAGUGUCUUGUCGUCUGCCUCCUCCUCCGAGUAUGACCAGAUUGUUGUUCACCAAGGUUGUCUGGUUGUCCCAUUUGUCCCUCCCGAGUUGUAUGCUACCAAUACGCCCACCCAACCCGCAAGUGUGCAUUCUUCGGCCUCCUCCUCGGAAUACACCCAAACUGUGGUGUACCAUGGCCUUCAGGGUGGGACUACACUUGAAGCUGCUGCUCUGCAGUACGUGACAGGGAGGGUUGCAAACACACAGCAGCCUUUGGCUACGGCCAACGAUUUAAACGACUGUGACACCUCUUCAGAGCUGGUCGAAGAAACACCGGAGACUGCUGGUCGUUCCUUGAACGCCGUCACUGAGUCCGGCCCGGUCGGAUCGUCUGAUUGCACCCAUGAAGAGCCAUCCGUAUACGGGGCCAUCGACUCCCAUGCGCCAGCCGAAUCCACCCAGUCCCAGUGUGCGCUGGUUACAUCACCCUUGAAGCGUACGCACCGCCAGGUCAAGCGUCCCCUCGAAGCAUUGCACCCGGAGGAGAAUACCAUCCGGCGUCGACAGCACCGUUUCUUUGAGGCAUUGACUCGUCGAGCUGCCGAAGGCCAUGGCUACGCCAUGGCUAAUGCCCUUGACGUCGUGAGGCAUCUGGAGAACAACCCGGACCCGAACAGCUUCCUCCGCCUGCCGUCGAUGGGCCUCUAUCGGCACGAGCUGUCGAAGAACGACUGGCUGUGGCUUCGGCGCGCACAGAUGAUCUGGUCCGUACAGAAGCAGAUGCGUCGAGGCCUGCUUGCUGCUGAGUGCGGUGAAAUCAUCAUCACCCAGCUGGUACCGGAGGGCGAACACCAGAUCCUCCCAAAGCAGUACUUUGAAGUCUACCUCGACUUCUACGUGAAGGAAGGCAUCUGGUGCUCCCAAACCCUCGCCCAGCGAAUUCUCAUGCUGCAGGUAACCCCCGAAGAGUUGAGGCUUGGUCCUUGCGUGGUGCUUCCUGAGCCCGUCAAAUCCGUCGCUCCACAGUUCCAGAAGUUGCCUAUUGACCUUCGGUCGACCACUCCUGUUGCCCUCUCCCGAUUCAAGCAGCUCCUGCAUCUUUGCGAAGCGGUGGCCUACGAGCGCAAGGAAUGGAAGGGCCUUGCGUACGACAACGGGUUGAAGGAGCUGCAGCUCUACUGCGCUGCGUUCCACGCCACCAAGGGUGGGCAGAAUCCUCCUGCGGACCUGAUGCCGCACUAUCGGAAUUGGACGUAUCCCGAGCAGCGGCUCCUUCGUGCCGGUGAACUGAUUGCUCGCCUGCUGCAGGAAGUGAAUGAGGGCAGGUUUGACUUGGCGAUUUUCCAAGUCAUCCGGGGCACACUCCUGAAUGUUAGGGCCCAGCCCUACUUGGAUCUCGAGGAGUUUGAGAAGUUCUUCUACUCUUGCGGUGUCGAAGCCGGUGUCCAGAUUUCGGAGAUUCCGCGGAUCCUGAUUCUCCACCCCGAGUAUGACUUCCAGUCCCAGCGCGAUGAGGAGCGCGUCUUCAGCGGGCUGUUGGCAAACUCAUGGCGCUUCCAAGAAGAAGAGGCCGAGCGGUUGCGGGAGCUUGAGAUGGCGAAGAAGGCAUAUGCCAAAGCCAUCGGUGCCAACCGCUUCGCCGCCCGUUUCAAGCGUCGCCUCAAAAAGCUAUUCAAGACGUACAGGGAACCGAUCCGGUUCCACUGCAGGGGAUGUAUGCAGGGUCGCCGUUGCAUCGCCUAGAUCAUUGAUCUUUGAGACGAAAACGACCUGCUGUUUUGUACACACGACUGUACACACGACCCCUUCUCCAUUAAGGGAAGAGCUGUUCAUGGUACGCUCUAUGUGCCCCACGAUGAUGGACGAAUGGCAAAGACUCCGGCGAUGAUAAGAACGGAGUUCAAGGCGUUUCUAGUGCUUAUGAUACCCGGUUCGAAGUGACCUACAGUGUGCUGGCGGUUCUGCUUUUGGGAGGCGUUCUUCUUUUCCUUGCCUUUUUCAUCUCAGCAUGAGCAGACAAUGAGGUGUGCCUAAGAAAAGCAUAUUAUUUUCUACUCCUCUGCCAUUCUUCUGAUCAUUCCCUAGGGGUAUCCUAAAGUGGUGACAUGCUACCUCAGGCACACCAAUUCCAUCGAUGCGUGUUGUGAUUAUGAAAACAAGCAUCA